GAGAAAUUACUGGCUCGGGCUAGGCCUCCAGGCGCCAUCGUCUGAGGCAUAUCGUGUGAGGUCCUCGGCGAUGGUCCUGGCUCGCUGAAGUGAGCUGUUUUUCAGAGUGCACAAGGAGUACCGUUGUUGCUCUCAAAGAGAGCUCUGUCGCUCUGUGGUUGAAGAUUUUACAGGCAUUUCACAAAAGCUGUCAUCAUCAUCAUUGGUGCUUGCACACGCAUGCACGCGCCAGUUUCGUUCCAUCACGAGGAGCUGACAGAGAGUCGCUUUUAGGGUGUGUGGCUGAACGCUGUCCAGCUGUCCUACUUGCUUUCCCUGUCAUCAGUGGGACUGGCGUUCUUCUGUACGACUGCCAAUUCCACGGCAUGGAACCCCCUUCUGCCGCUGCUAAAGCUGAAGACGUGUGCCGGGCAGCACUUGUGCCUAAAGCAAGGGUUCCUGUGUACUUGAAUGCAUCCAUGUACGACAGCCGAAAUGAUCGUGCACUGUGUCAACUCCCAGACAACGCUACAGCACUCCACACUGCUGCAACAAAGACACCGCUCUCCGGAAUGCCUACGAUGAUCAAGUGGAAACCACCCUUCGGGUCCAAGUCCAUGAACCCCACUCUUCUUCGCCUUGUCACCUUGCUCCUGGAGAACAUUCAAGGCUGUAGGAUUUUGCUGCCUGCUUCUAGAGGACGUCAAGCAGUCGGGAAAAAUCUGCACUGACUAGGUGGAGACCUCAGGAGCUCAGGUGCAAGCAUGUAGCAAAAGAUGAUACACUUCAGGUUGGUGAGAAAGGGACUGCCUGUGCCAUGAGCAAGGUGGAGCUCAUGAUCUCUAAACUCAGAGAGGAUGCUAACUCUCUUUCUCAAAUUGUGAGUGCACUCAGCUCUCAAUUAAAUGAGCACCGUCUAGUGACCCAGAAGAUGGAAAAAGAGCAGUUGCGUUGGCCUAAUAUGUAUUCAUCUGUCAAGGAGGCAAACAGGGUAUAUCGAUCUUGCUUGGAGAGGAUGGAAGCCAGCCUUGCUCAGGUGACUAAAAUGCAGAUGGUUGGCAUUAAUAGACGAGGAAACAUUGUAGCCCAGAACAUGACCACCAUGCUUGCCCCUCGCCUUGAAAAAUUCAUUGCCAGUGAAUUCAAGAAAGCUGUUGCUCCUGCUAUUUCUAAGCUUGUUGAUUCAACAAAGUUUGAAGUUAAUCUGAAGGCCGGCACGACUGAAAUGGUCAUGAGAAAUGUCAUUAACAAUGGAAUCAGGAGCAAGGCGAUGGUUGAUACCCUGGCUAAAGCCAUCGAUCCCUUACUUCGCUCAGAGUCUCAUAAUGUGUGCCGAGAGAUUUUGCAAAACAACUUCAUGCGAGGACUCGACAACGUUUGUCAGGACAUGUCCUCGGAGCUGGCCAAGACAUUUCGCAAGGGCGUUCAUGAGAUUCUCGAACAAGUUCAGCAGUACAUUGAAAAUUCUGGUCAAGAUCAUGCUAAGAAAGCUGUGAAGAAUAUAGAGUCAAAUCUGGACACCUGCCUACAGACCUUCUUACGUCACCACAAAGCCACACUGGUAACUCCAGAUAUGCGAGCUGAACUUGAUGAAGCUGUGAAGAAGGGUGUGCACGUCCUGAAGUCCGGAGUUCUACAGGCAUUGGCUGCGCAGCAGAAAAUGCUUGUGGACAAUCUGAAGCAAGAGAUUUAUGGUGCACUGAAAGAGACAGUUGGUGAAGCUGCAUCUGGAGGAAUGGAAAGUCACUCAAAUGUAAACACACCAGUGCCUGUUGACCCCCAUCUUGUGUUGCAGCAGAUUACCCUACUUGUGCAUCAGGGCCAGUAUAAUAUGGCUUUCCAGCAGGCUUUGUCAGUGGCAGACCCGGCUGCACUUGUGUCAACAUGCGAGAUGGUGUGUCCUGCUAUUGCCAUUGGGCAGGAUCCAUGCCCUUUAGAGCAACCAGUGCUGCUCUCGCUCAUCGAGCAGUUGUGUGCAGACCUUGCUACCAGAACCGCAGUCAAGCUAAGGUACCUGGAGGAGGCGGUGCUCAGCCUCGACGAAGAAAAUACAGUUGAACAGGAGCACAAGAAAGCUGUCCUAAUGUGGCUGUACCAGAAGAUCAAAGAGCUGCUGAAGCAAAACCCUCCACAUGACAUGGAGCGCAUGGCCAAACGCUUAAUCAUGGUCACUCAAAGCUCUCUCAACUGCUAGCUUCCUAUCGCUUUGUGUGGCAUCUUGCGAAACCACAGGAUUCCAUCUCGAUUGAGGACUUGUGUCUAAGGCACAAUAAAGUUUCUGUUGUGUGCUGUGCCUGGCAAGUCGGCUUGAGUGACAGAAGUAUGCACAAGAAUUGUACAUGCACUAUGGCAGGGGUUUAAUCAGUGCUGUAGGUCUUGACCUUUCUACGAGUGCUGUGGAGACCACCCGCUUCCUCGCCCCCUCCUCAUUUUUUAUUUAUUUUUUAAGUGCAAAGGAGAAAAGCUGUAGAUUCUCCUAUUUGAACAUCUUACUUUACUUGUGCACCUUUCCUAGCAUACAAACAGCAGCAGCAGCCUAUGGAGUUGUGCACUGAGUUUGCCUUGAGCAGUUUUCACUCUGCUUGCACAGUUUGUAUGGGUUCAUUUAAACAGGUUAACAUAAAAGUUAAAACUGGGCUCUACUGAUCCCCUUGUAAAAGCCUAUGCUGUAAUCGGUUUUCCAAAGCUAGACUCUUGACAGGUUGUGCUGAGCUGCUGCACACCGCUCAAGACAAAUGUUGCUCCUCUUUUAUUGCCAUAUUUUCACUACCUCUUCAUGCAGCAUUUCUAUCCUCUCCUGCUUCCCUUGGAUUCCCACUUAAGCAUGUGUCAUCUCAAUUAUGAAUUUAAUAUAAUUGUUAAAGAGUGCCUUUUUUUUGUAGACGGAACAUAAAUAAAGCUUUUCUAUUUUUUCAUUG